AUGAGUCUUUCUAAGUGCGACCGGGCCGUCGGCGUCGAGUCGGACGGUUCCUUGCGAAACCAAAGACAGUCCGAUGCCGAAGCCAAAAGCCCAACCGAGGGUCUCUGCACCCCUACGCCCCAAGACGAGCAGAGGCCGGUCUUAGCUGCUUCCAAAGAGGACCGAUUUACAGCCACGGAGGAGAUUGAGCUACCAGGAUGGGCGAGCAGAAAGAUUUGUACUCCUGAUCAUACUACGCUGGAGUCUCGCCGGCGUGGGGUUUUGUUCGAAGAUCUAUCUGUUCACGGGUUGGGUUCCGCGGUCCGAGUUCAACCAACAGUUCUCUCAACCCUUUGCUACCCAUUCAUUCAGUUAUUCAAUGUUUUGAGAGGAAAGGGUGAUGAUUCGGUGCAGCAAACCAUCCUUUAUGGGUUCAAUGGCGUGCUAUUCCCAGGAGAGAUGCUUUUGGUACUAGGUCGGCCAGGGAGCGGGUGUUCCACGUUUCUAAAAGCGCUUUGCGGGCGCUAUGAUGGCCUGAGCCUAGAUGAGCUCAGCAAGAUUCAGUACAAGGGAAUAUCACUCAAGAAAGUUGUGGCCGAGUUUAGGGGUGAAGUGGUCUACAACGCAGAGGCGGACAAUCACUUCCCCCAUUUGACUGUUGGUGAAACUCUUUCCUUUGCGGCGCAUGCGCGUACUCCUCGGAAUCAAGUGGGUGCAGCCAGUCGAAGAGAUUAUGCCCAGUCAGCUGUUAAUGUCACCAUGAAUCUCUUUGGUCUUUCACACCUAUACGAUUCAAAGGUGGGGGAUGACUAUGUUCGGGGCGUUAGUGGAGGGGAGAGGAAAAGAGUUAGCAUUGCAGAGAUGGUGCUUUCUCGGGCCUGCUUUGGUGCAUGGGACAAUAGCACGCGAGGCCUCGAUGCUGUUACGGCGUUGGAGUUUGUCCGCGCGCUUCGUCAGGCAGCCGAUCUUACAGGAUCCUGCCAUGCCGUCGCCGCCUAUCAGGCUUCUGAGCCUAUUUACAAUACCUUUGACCACGUCAUUGUUCUUUACGAAGGGCGUGAAGUUUUCUUUGGCCCUUCUCAGCGUGCCGUGGAAUAUUUUGAAGAGAUGGGAUGGGAACGACCUGCUCGACAGACAAGUGCUGAUUUCCUUGCUGCUGUGACUGAUCCUGGGGAGCGGCAGUCUCAUGUUGGAAUGGAAGAUAGAGUUCCUCGUCACGCUGCAGAGUUUGAGGCUUAUUGGAAGCAAAGUCCAGAUCAUGCAGCACUCCAGGCCUUGGUUCAACGAUACGCUCGGGAACACCCUCUUGAUAGCACAGAAGAAGCUAGAUUUGCUGGCCUGAAGCACGAGGAACAAGCUGAGCAUGCGCGGCCAUCGUCGCCCUACCUUCUCUCUCUAGGCUUGCAGAUACGUUUGUGCUUAACCAGAGCCUUCCAGCGAACGCGCAACGACAUCGCAUCCAUAAUUGCGACAGCCAUCGUCCAAAUUGUGGUAGCCGUCAUUAUUGGGUCCCUCUUUUACGCUAUUCCCGAUAACUCGGAGGGAAUGGGUCAGAGAGCCACCGUGCUAUUCUUGGCCGUUCUAACUAAUGCGCUAAUUGCCAUGCUUGAAAUCAACGUCCUGUUCAGCCAGAGACCAAUUGUUGAGAAGCAAACGGCUUUUGCAUUUGUACAUCCCUUCACUGAAGCACUCGCUGGAAUUAUUCUAGAUCUUCCGAUCAAGCUAUUUCGCUGUUUGCUGGCCGGUGUCAUACUCUACUUCAUGUCUGGCCUCCGCAGAGAGGCGUCGCAUUUCUUCAUUUACAUCCUGUUCCAGCUAACCGCGGUCGUGACAAUGUCGGGAAUGUUUCGCACUUUGGCCAGCAUGACCCGCGCCGUCGGUGAAGCCAUGGCUCUGGCAGGUAUUAUGAUCAUGUGCAUUGCAGUUUACACAGGCUUCACCUUGCCUCAGUUUGACAUGCAUCCGUGGUUCGCCUGGAUCCGAUGGGUCAAUCCCAUAUUUUACGCAUAUGAAGGUAUCGUGGCAAACGAGUUUCACGACCGCUUGUUUGAAUGCAACGACUUUAUACCAAACUAUCUACCGUCGGUGCGAUUUAAUUCUUUCACAUGCUCCUCCAUUGGUUCGAUUGCAGGAGAGCUUCUCGUUUCAGGGGACAGGUACAUUUGGGAAGGCUACGAAUACUCAUACAAACAUAUCUGGCGAAACUUUGCGAUCAUGAUAGCUUUUACGGUGUUCUUCCACGUUGUCCAUCUUGUGCUCACAGAAUAUGCCCCAAAAAGCCAGUCUGCUGCUGAAGUAUUGGUAUUUCGUCAAGGAAACGUCCCCAAAGUCUCGCAUCGCGAUCUGGAGCUUGGGGAGCAGCAAUUUUCCGGAAAGGAAGGCAGAAAUCUCCACUCAAAGAUAGACCCCUUCCCAAAACAGAAGGAUAUUCUCAGCUGGAGGGGGCUAAACUACGAAAUUCCUGUUAAGGGUGGACAUAAGAGACUGCUUGAGGAUGUGAAUGGCUGGGUGAAGCCAGGUACACUCACUGCUUUGAUGGGUGUAUCCGGGGCAGGUAAAACGACUCUGCUGGACGUCCUCGCUCAACGUGCAUCUGUGGGAGUUAUUACUGGAGAAGUCCUCGUCAAUGGCAAUGCACUUGACCCUAGCUUUUGCCGGAAAACCGCCUAUGUUCCCCAGCAGGACCUCCAUCUAGAAACCGCAACAGUUCGCGAAGCUCUUCAAUUUAGUGCGGCACUGAGACGACCACGCUCUGUGCCAACUGAAGAGAAGAAUGCAUUUGUUGAGGAUGUUAUCCAGAUGCUCGGCAUGGAAGAAUUCGCCGAGGCCGUCAUUGGCCACCCAGGUGCCGGUCUAAACGGAGAGCAGAGAAAGCUUUUGAGUAUUGGUGUUGAACUUGCUGCGAAGCCCCAAUUACUAAUUUUUCUUGAUGAGCCCACCAGUGGCUUGGACGCUCACAGCUCAUGGGCAAUCUGUGCCUUUAUGAAAAAACUGGCGGAUCACGGACAGGCUGUUCUUGCCACAAUCCACCAGCCCAGUGCAAACUUGUUUGAGCAAUUUGACCGCUUACUGCUUCUUGGAAAAGGUGGCCGGACGCUGUAUUUUGGAGACGUAGGGCAUCGAGCCCGGACUCUUCUCGACUAUGUCGAAAAGAAUGGAGGGCGUCGCUGCGGGUUGGCUGAAAACCCAGCCGAGUAUAUUAUUGAGGUGAUUGGGGCUGACGCCCAUGGCCAAACUCAAACCAUAGAUUGGGUGAAUGUGUGGAAUCAGAGCCCAGAACACCAGCAAGUUGUCAAAGAAUUAGAUUAUUUGGCUUCAUUGGCCUCUGGUACAUCAACCACUGCCAACCUUGCCCACGAAAGGGACGAAUUUGCAAUGCCCAUUUGGAACCAGUGCCGUCGUGUCAUCAAGCGUGACUUCCAGCAGUAUUACCGCCAACCCGAUUACAUCAUGUCCAAAUUCGCCCUGGGAAUUGUUUGUGGCCUUUUCAUAGGUUUCUCUUUCUGGAAGUCAGAUAAUUCUCGCCAGGGGUUUCAAAACACUUUGUUCAGCCUCUUUCUCCUAUGCACUAUUUUCUCUACAAUGGUAAACCAGAUAAUGCCAAAAUUUGUCACCCAGAGAUCACUAUAUGAGUUACGCGAGAGGCCGUCCAAGGCUUACUCUUGGAAAGUAUUCCUUCUCUCUCAAUUCCUGGUCGAGUUGCCAUGGCAAAUUCUGCUUGGUAUUUGCACAUGGGCAUCUUUCUAUUUUUCUGUUUACGGCGGCAACCAAUCACCCCAGCGCCAAGGGCUUGUUCUCUUAUUUGUCGUUGAAUUCUUCAUAUUUGCAUCCAGUUUCGCUCAGUUCGUCGUUGCCUCUUUACCCAGCGCUGCUCUCGGAAGCAUGUUGGCCGUCUUCAUGUUUUUGCUGUCCCUCUUAUUCAAUGGCAUCAUGCAGCCACCCAGUGCCCUCCCUCACUUUUGGAGAUUCAUGAACCACGUAUCUCCACUGACGUACUAUGUGAGCGGGAUCAGUGCGACCGCAUUGCAUGACCGCCCUAUCCAAUGUUCAGAUCGCGAGUUGAGCCUAUUUGACCCACCUGUAGGGCAAACUUGCGGUCACUAUUUGGCACAAUUCCUAGUCACAGCCGACGGUCAACUUUACAAUCCAGAUUCUUCUCAAGAUUGUCAGUACUGCGCCUACCGAUCGGCAGAUCAGUAUCUUGCUAUCAGAGACAUUGCUUGGGAUGAUCGGUGGAGAAACUUUGGGAUCUUUUGGGUCUAUAUUGUAUUCAACGUCAUUGGUGCGAUUGUACUAUACUAUGUGUUCCGAGUCUUGCCGCAUUCGAGAAAGACUCGGGUGCACAUUGGUCGUAGUUGA